ACUUAUCCCUUCUUCUAUUCUCGAGGUCGAUAAUAAUUUAUUGCUAGCUCCUUUUUCGUGGAUGAGAUAUGGAAGGCUUUGUUUCAGAUGCACCCGGACAGAGCGCUGAGCCCGGAUGGCAUGAAUCCGUGUUUUUACUAGAAAUUCUAGGUAUUGUGGGGGAUGGUUACGCAAUGCUGUCUUAGCUGGUUGAACUCAGAGGGGUUGUCGGCUUUAUUUAAGCGCGCAGAACUUACUAGGGAUAUUCAUGGGUGUAAGCUGAAUAGUCGGGCCCCAAGUGUUUCAUAUAUCAUGUUUACCAUCGAUAAUUACUUCUUUUUCGAAGCCACGAAGUGAGAAGGGACUGUAGUUAAGAACAUUUUGAAUACCUAUGGACGGGCAUCGGGACAGUCAGUGAAUUUUCAGAAGUCAGGUAUGUUCUUCAGUCCUAAUGUACCUAAGAAUAUAAAAUUAUCUAUUCGAAUAUUUAAAGGGUCUCAACUCCUUUAGACCAUGACCAUUACUUUGGACUCCCUUCCUUGAUUGGGAGAAGUAAGAAGCGUGUUUUUGCUUUUUUGCAAGAUCAUUUGUGGAAUAGAUUACAGGAGUGGAAGCAUCGUUUUUUGUCUAAAGCCGGGAAGGAAAUGUUGUUGAAAUCCGCAGCACAAACUAUAUCAUCUUACUGUAUGAGUAUUUUUCCCAUAACUAUUUCUUUAUGUGUGGAGCUGGAAAGAAUGAUGAAUAGUUUGGUGGGAAAAAAAAAAAACAAGGAUGAUAGGAGAUCUAUUCAUUGGCUGUCAUGGGAGAGGAUGUGUGCAAGUAAGCGGAAAGGAGGGACGGAUUUUCGACACCUUCAUAGUUUCAAUUUAGCACUUUCGGGUAAGCAGGGUUGGCAAUUAUCCACCAACCAUAGUACUCUUCUAUCUUUGGUCCUCAAAGCUAGAUAUUAUCCGGAUGGAAAUAUUUACGAUACCGAUUUAGGGAAUAACCUAAGCUUUACAUGGAGGAGUCUUAUGCAUUCUCAGCAGGUGCUAAGUGAAGGAACUCGAUGGAGGGUGGGGGAUGGUCUUUACAUUAAAGUUUUCUCCGACCCAUGGCUAAAUAGGGACGGGAGGUUCUAUGUGCAACCUGUGGCUCUUGAUGGGUUUGAGACGUUGCUAGUCUUUAACCUCAUUGAUCAAGCAAGACGGAAGUGAGAUGUGGAUAUUAUAAGGGGUCUGGUUGCACCUGAGGAAGCUAUGAUUAUUCUUCAAAACCCUUUGAGUUUGAGUUCUGUCUCGGACAAGCUUUUGUGGCAUUGGACAAAGAAUGGUUGUUAGGACAGCUUACUUCUUGGCCUUUCAACGAAUCUCUAAUCAUACCUCUCCACUGAUUCCUAUUUGGAAAGCCUUAUGGAACAUGCAAUUGCAUGGCAAGCUGCCAGAGAAACACUCCCCACAUGCUCUAACUUAAUUAAAAAAUCGGUCCCUGUUGCUAAUUUAGUGUUUCUACUAUGGUAUGGAGGAAAAUACACCACAUGCUACUGUCUUGUGUCCAAGGGCUUUGGCCUGUUGGUCUAUUUUGCAGGUAUCCAUGGCUGACUUUGCAGGUGAAACGUUCUUAGAUUGGUUUGGGGCUAUUCAUCGUGCAUAUGAUAAUGAGAAGCUAAAGGUGUGUAACAGUGGCAUGGCUUCUGUGGUUCCAUCGGAACCUGGCUACCUGGAAAUUGGAGCAGCACCAGCCUACUGUUACAGUGUCGUUGUGGAUGGCUCAUUAAUUUGUAUAAUUGGCGUAAAGCACAAGAAACUCUCCAUGCAGCGAACGUUGAGGAUGAGGACAAUGUGGUAUGCUGCUGGAAGGGUCCCCCACUGGGUUUUGUUAAGUGUAAUAUCGAUGCAACUACCUUCGGGAACCAAAACCGGACUAGAUACGGUGUUGUGCUCCGUGAUAGUAAUGGAGGUUUUCUCCUGGGAUCAUCAGAGUAUUGUCACGGCGUUUACACAACUAGCCAGACGGAAGGCCGUCGGACUACGUGAGGUCCUCUCCUGGAUCAAGCAGAGGGAAUUUCAAAUGUAUUUGAGACAGAUGCUCAGGAUUUUUGGAAGGAAUAGUUGGGCUCUUCUUCGAGGAUUUCUGAAUGGCACCUCAUCUUGGAAGAUUAUCGUCAUAUAAUUAGCAACAGCAACAAUGUUAUAGUUUGCUCGGUUGGAGGCAAGCGAAUAAUGUCGCUGAUACUUUAGCAAAGGCCUCUUAUUAUUAUGCUAGCUUCCAAAUUUGGUUUGAGCUUCCUUUAGCUAUUGAAGCUCUUAUGAUAAAUGACAAAUUAUCUUGCAUACUA